AGUCUGUUGCUGUCUGUGGAGUGGAAUAGUUUUACAUUUAAAUUCUCUUCUCUAUUCAAGUUUAAUUCCAAACAAGGAAUAAAUAAAUUUUAUCUAUUCAAGUAUGGCUUUUGUGCAGCUUCCUCAUCAGUUGAAGACUCUUAGGCGACGAUUCCUACCUUCCAUGGCUAGUUUGGGACCCCUGAGGCACUCUUCAGGCUUCACUAUGGAACUAGGGUCCGAGCAAAAAGAGAUACAGGAGCUUGCAAGGAAAUUCACAAGAGAGGAGAUUAUUCCAAAAGCUCCUCAUCACGAUAGAACCGGAGAGUAUCCCUGGGAUAUAAUCAAGAAAGCUCACUCUCUCGGUCUUAUGAAUUCCCUGAUUCCGCGGGAAGUUGGUGGCCUACAAUUGUCUAUCUUUGAUAGCUGCCUCAUAACCGAAGAGCUCUCCUACGGAUGUGCAGGCAUUGGUUUGGCUAUUAAGGGGACAGAACUUGGUCAAAUGCCAGUAAUUGCUUAUGGGAAUAAGGAACAAAAGAAGAAGUACCUGAGUCGCUUGGUUGAGGAACCUAUCCUGGCAGCUUAUUGUCUCACUGAACCAUCUGCAGGAUCCGAUGUUAGUGGUAUUAAAACAAGGGCAGAAAAGAAGGGAGAUGAAUAUGUGAUUAAUGGCCAAAAGAUGUGGAUCACGAACGGCGGUUUAGCCAAUUGGUACUACGUCCUGGCACGAACUGAUCCUGAUCCCAAAGCACCAUCUGGCAGGGCUUUUACAGCCUUCAUUGUGGAUCGUGACACUCCUGGCUUAACACCAGGACGGAAGGAAAUCAACAUGGGUCAGAGAUGCUCAGACACACGCGGAAUAACCUUUGAGGAUGUGCGAGUGCCGAAGGAGAAUGUCCUUAUUGGGGAAGGUGAGGGAUUUCGCGUGGUCAUGGGAUCACUAAAUCCUACUCGUUGUUUUGUUGCGGCUGGCGCUACGGGAAUAGCACAGAGGGCUCUCGAUGAGGCCACAAAGUAUUCCCUGGAACGAGAGGCAUUUGGUGUGCCAAUUGCUGCUCAUCAAGCUAUAGCUUUUAUGCUUGCCGACAUGGCAAUAAGCGUAGAAACCGGAAGGCUAGCAUGGAUGCGGGCAGCUCAUGAGAUGAAUAUGAAGAGUCCCAAGAAAGCCUAUUACGCUUCAAUUGCAAAAUGCUAUGCUGCUGAUAUGGCGAAUCGCGUGACAACGGAUGCUGUGCAAAUUUUUGGCGGGAAUGGCUUCAACACGGAGUACCCCGUUGAAAAGCUAAUGCGAGAUGCUAAGGUCUGUCAGAUCUACGAAGGGACCUCCCAAAUUCAGAAAAUAGUAAUCUCACGGGAAAUGCUAGAAGGAUCUAAGAGUAUUAAUAGUUAAAGGAGAAAAGGAAUGAAAAAUAAAUUAAAAAAGGAUUUUUUUAAUGAGUGGUGAAUUUUUAAGAAAUAAAAAAAGAAUUUGUGAGAAAACUUUUUUAGUGUGCCCUAAAAUAAGAUGCAACAAAAUUAGUCAGAUUUUUUCUCGUGAAUAAAACGGAAGUGAAAAGAAAAAGUGCAAUAAUCAAGAUGAACAAGCAAGACGUGUUCGUGAAAAAGAAAAUUAUUGAGGUCAAUAUGAAGGAGACCCUUGCCAUUCGUGAGGAGUAUAGGAAGAAGGUUGAGAGGGUGGAGGCUGCAAUACGCCAAUACAUGUCGUUGCAGGACUUAGAAAAGGAUGAACGGGAAAUCAUGCAGGAGGCCUUCAACAAAACGGUCAAAUUUUUGAAAGACCUGAGGGCAUGUUAUAUAACUUUCCGAGUGCUGGGUAGCUGUACACUAGUUCUUAUGAGCCACCCAGCUCUCGGAGAGUUAUAUAAUACGGGCCCUGCAGAGAUUCCAGAUUUAUAAAUUAAUAAACAAUGAUUUUGCAUUUUGAUUUAUUCCACAAGGGAAAACAAAGGGGUAGAUUCGGAAACAAAUCUUUUCUUUUCUUUUCUUACAAUUCAAUAGUGAUUUUUAUUGUAUGAAUAAUAUUUAAUAAUCUGAGCUUUUUCUUCA